GGGCAGGGAAUACUUCAGUUGACGAGCUUCCGUCCAGACGAACAGAUCGACAUGCAGAUGCACAUGGAACUCUCCUAUGGCCGCGGCUACGAUCCAAUCGGGAGGCAACCACCGUCUCUUCCUCCUCCGUCGCAACAGCACUGGUCCAGCAAUGGGUUCUCCGACGACUCCGCUUCCUGCUUCCGUCGGGGAUCCUAUAUUGAACUGGCCAGCGGAGCCAUGCGUCGCGUGGAGGACAUACGCACCGAGGACUUCAUCCAGUCGGCGCUGCGCAGUCAACUAUUUGAGCUGCGAGAGGCGACAGUAGUGAGGAUAGACUGGAGUGGAUGCCCCAGCCUGGUGACACUCACCUUCAGCUACGACACACACCACGCCAAGAUGGACUUGCAGGUGCAGCCGGGUCAUCCAAUGUUUGUUUACGGACAGGGCUGGGCCUCCUGCGAUCCACAGUUGUCGCUGCAGCUGUACGAGCUCAAAUGCCAGCAGCUGCAGGUGGGCGACAUAUGUUUGUCGCUGGUGCCAAACGAGCAGCCCGCCGCACCAUGUCCGCCUCAGCCGGCGCCGCCACCGCCGUGUCCGCCUCCUUCUCUGCCCCCGUCCAUGGAAAUGCCAGUGCCGAUGGGUUCUCCGCCUACCGGAAGCUAUGGAUUUCUGCCGUUUAAGCAUCCGUACGAGAUGUACGCCCAAAUGGCCAGUUUUGUGGCCGUGUACACCCAGCACAUGAUGGGAAAGCUAAACUAUUAAGCCACAAAUUUGGUGAUUUAACUGGCGUUUCAGGAAUAUAUUCAACGCUAUUCCUUGAGUACGCCACGCAUUUACAAAUUUAAUCUAGGUACAAAAAUCACAAUGUAUUUUGCUUAAUUUUCUGAAAUAAAGUUUAAAGUAGCUGU